GACGCGCCCUUCGCCGUGAGUCGGCAGGACUCAUCUAGGAUGCCGAGCAGAGCACUGGUGCGCUUGACACCGGGGGACCCUGCCCUUCCUCCCGCGGAGACUGAGCUCUGCUUCGGAUCAAAAAAGAGGGCUGUUUGUUUCUCUUUCUUUUUAACCCCUUCCCUCGUGGAUCUGUUUUCUCUGCCGCAGUCAGUCACCUCUGCUUUCGCAAAGCUCUCCGCCCCCCCCCCUCCCGACCGGGAAAUCCUAGGCGGGGUUAUUCGUUGGGCGAGGAGCUUUCUUCUUGGGCGAGUCUCUUGCCGGAGGGGGCACUCCAGACCAUGUAUAAGAGCCCCUGAAGCCCCGGCGCCUCUCCUUCGCUCCCCUUGCCUGUGCCGGCCGCCCUCGCCGCAGCAUGGACCUGGCCCGGCUUUGGCACUUGGCUGCCGCCUUUUGCCUGACCUGGCUGCUGCUCAAAGCUCUGCAGCUCCACCGACGACGGAAGGAGCUCCUGAAAAGCCUGAGCAGCUUCCCCGGGCCCCCCGCCCACUGGCUGUACGGUAAUAUGUUUGAGCUUUUACCCUAUUCCGUAGUGUUCAAGAAGACAGAACAAUGGAUGCUUCUGUAUCCAUACGCCUUUCCAUUGUGGUUUGGGAGGUACUUUGCAAGUGUAACAAUCACUCAUCCUGACUAUGCAAAAACAUUACUUGCUAGAGCAGAUCCGAAGGACAGGCUAACUUAUCCAAGCAUGAUCCCAUGGAUUGGAAAAGGCUUGCUGGUCUUAGACGGACCAAAGUGGGCACAGCAUCGAAAACUGCUUACUCCAGGUUUCCACUAUAACAUUUUGAAGCCCUAUGUGACACUAAUGGCAGAGUCUACCAAAGUGAUGUUGGAUAAAUGGGAACAGUUGAUCAUACAGCAGAACUCAGUAGAGCUCUUUGAACAUGUGAGUUUGAUGACGCUUGAAAUUAUCAUGAAAUGUGCCUUCAGUUAUAACACCAAUUGUCAACUGGACAGGGAGAACUCCUAUGUCAAAGCGGUCUUUGAACUUUGCUCCUUGGUAUUUGAGAAAUUAUUCUCCAUCUUUGGCCACCAUGAUGUGACAUACUGGUUUACUCCGCAGGCAUAUCGGUUUCGGAAAGCUUGCAAGGUCGCUCAUCGUCAUACAGAAAAAAUCAUUAAAGAGAGAAAGGAAUCACUGGGGGAUGAAGAAGAACUCCAAAAGAUCCAGCAGAAAAGAUACUUGGAUUUUUUGGACAUCAUUCUCUGUGCCAAAGAUGAAAAUGGCAUUGGACUAUCUGAUGAAGAUAUACGUGCAGAAGUGGAUACUUUCAUGUUUGCAGGUCAUGAUACCACAGCAAGUGGCAUUUCCUGGAUGCUUUAUUGUCUUGCAAUGAACCCAGAACAUCAGGGGAGAUGUAGGGAGGAGAUCAAGUCCAUUCUGGGAGACCGUGGCACCAUUGAAUGGGAUGAUCUUAGCAAGAUGACCUAUUGCACCCUGUGCAUUAAAGAGAGCCUCCGCCUUUAUCCUCCAGUACCAGGAGUGUCCCGAGAGAUUGCCAAACCUAUUACAUUUUUUGAUGGAAAGAUCUUGCCUGAAGGAACUAUGAUCGGAGUAGCUAUUCAACUCAUCCACAGGAACCCCAACAUAUGGAUAGAUCCAGAGGUAUUUGAUCCCCAGAGGUUUACACCUGAGAAUGUUUCUAGCAGAAAUUCCCAUGCCUUCCUGCCAUUCUCUGCUGGACCAAGGAACUGUAUUGGGCAGCAGUUUGCCAUGAAUGAAAUGAAAAUAGCUCUUGCCAUGACUUUGCUUCGGUUUGAAAUUUCACCUGAUGCUUUGAAGCCCCCACCUGUUCCUAUCCCUCAGAUUGUCUUGCGUUCUCAGAAUGGGAUACACCUUUGUUUGAAAAAAAUUAUGUGAAUAUGCAACUGCAGAGGAAAUAACCUAGGACAGGAGAAGGGUGGGCAUAAUGGAGAAGGGGACAAGCAGGGCUGGCCCUAGGUAAUUUUCAAGUGUAAGCAAAUAGUAUUUUGGUGCCCCACCCCCCAAAUCAAUCACUGAAAAAUAAAAGGUAGAAGGUAGAGGUGAACAGAAUAGAUAAAAGAGUUACCUUACAAACCAGAGGUUUAUUUACAUCAUUAUGUUCAUAUAGUUACAUUACAUAGAUUUAACACAAAUUAACUUUUUUUAGAAUGCAAAUAUUUUAUUAAACUUAGCAACAAUUUU